AUGCUGCCUCCACAACAAGCAGCAAAAGCAGAGCGUGAGAAGAAGUUGAAGGCGGUUCUUACUUUCGCCACAAGCCUCACCAAGCGAAUCGAGAGUGGUCGUGACCCAGCGCUCCUAGAUGAUCUCCAAACCCAUAUCCGUGGGCUGCCUCUUCUGGCUUCCCCGAUUGUGAUCGCGAAGCAAGACGAACUUGAUAGACUUGGUACGGAGCUCUGGAACCAAGCUACCCGCUUGCGUCGCAACCAUCUUGGAGCCGAUGACCAACCAAACGAUGCAACGUCUUUCGAGAACCGUAGUAUACUUCUCCUUCGUGUCUUCUCAUUCUUCCUCCUCGCCACGGCCGGAGGCCAUGGUAUAAAGGGCCCUAAGCGCACGAGUUGCGUCCGACUCAUCAAAGUUGCACUCAAAGCAGCAAGAGUUUGCAUUGAGAGCAAUGAACUACAAAUCGCGACAAAGGUGCUUGAAUGUGCUGCUGAGUAUCAAGCCAUUCUGAGCAAGGAAACCGAGGGCGAGCGUAGAGAAGAAGCUAAGCUUGUAGAGGGCCACCGCGCUCAUUACUUCGCUAUGCGGAUGACACUGGCAUGGCGACAAGACCGUAUGGAUGUGGCAGAGCACAUGUUCUCAAAGUGCAAGCAGCUCAAGACGGCCCUUACCUCUGCAGCAGCCGAGACUCUGGCAGAUCUACUAUACGAAAUUGGCAAGGGCGCGCUGGCAAAGCGCAGCUACGAGAUUGCUUGUAGGUGGCUGGAGCGUGCAUAUGAUGUCCUUGGGGAACAGGAUCUGGAGAUGCUCAGUCCCGAGGUCGGUGAACUAAGGCUUAGUACCAUGCAGAGCAUUGUCCAAGCGUACAUGAAGAUGAACACACCCGAUGCACAGGAAAAGGCGUGGCACAUGGUAAACCUGAUGGACACUGACUUUGGAGAUAAGAUGGUAGUCUCGCUGCUAAAGGUCGAACUUCUUUCCGAGGCUCACACGAUAGACACUGCCGAGUUCUACAGUGUUCUUUUGCGAAUGAUACGUACAGUCGUGCUAAACGAUACGAAUUUCAAGACGAUCAUGCAUCACAUACACAAAUUGAAGGACCACAGCAAUGUCACGGCCUGUAGGGCCCUCGACGACAUGAUCGACAUUCGGCUCUUCAGAGAAGAGAAUCAGAACUGGAUAGAAAAGGCCGUGAUCACCCGCGUUUGGUUUGGUUCUAGCGAUGGCAUCUCCGAGAACACGCUCGAGCAACUUCAGGCUCUCUUCGAUACCGUCUUGCAGAACUCGAAUGUCACAUUUACUGCUCCCGCCACACACGCUGCACAAACAUUGCUGUGGAAAAGCCUAGAGGCUGCAGCUAAUCAGGAACAUCACGAUGUCGCUGAGGCGUGGUGCCGGCUUUGCCUUCAUCCACUAUUCGAUAAGGCUGGAGCACAGAACAAAGCCAAAGUCUCGAGAAAGAUCAUUCAGUGUGCUUAUUCACGUCAACAUUACGAUGUGGCUCGAGAUGUGCAUCUUCAGAUGUCCGAGAGUGGCAGAGAUGAACCAGUGACUCGAUAUCUAAUGUACAAAGUAGGUCUACGAAGCGGAGACGAAGAUUUCGAAUGCUUGGACCAUGUCUGUCGGAGUUCUGCGAAAGAUGCCACUCUAUUAUACGCCUGCGUGAUGGAAGCUCAAAGUGCAGGGAGUAAGAGACAAGUCAUCAGCGCCCUUGGUAAAAUUCUCGACAAGUAUGAGCAUAGUGCACCAGCUGGUAUUCAUCUGCCUGCACUCCUGCGAUCGACCGCUCGAAUGCUCCAGUCUGGACUCACCAAGGAUGGCAGUAUUGACAACAGCAUCAUGGACCAGCUUUGCAACGUCUUCGAAGGGGCAUGCGCUCAGGCCAAAGCAUCUCGGAUCAGGCCAAGUACUCCGGCCAAGGAACUUUUCACCCCCGUUGAGUUUGAGUGGUUCUCCAAGAACGCUUACAAUCUGUCGGUCAAGUAUUGCGCAGAGAUGCCUCCAAGUCUUCUCGUCAGACUACUAGGUUGCUGUAUCGAGUUCAUCAAAAUGCUCAAGGAGAAGAAUAAGCACAGCCAUGGAGACCUCUGCCUACGGCUCGUGUUCUGCGAGUUUCUCUCUGCAUGCACCUAUACCACUCUGGCGCGUAUCGAAGACAGUAUUGAAGAAAGCACGCAAUAUUAUCUCGAAGCCAGGAAGCACAGUCAGGAGUUCCGACGCGUUGCAGCAGAAGGGAUAGACAAGCUCGGCGGGUCCUCUCAGGCUGACAUCAUUUCUAAGCAUUUUCAGGUUGUCAAACUGGAACUAGAGGCAGUGCUCAAGCUUCAGAGGUGGGACGACCUUGACGAGCUGUUCGAGCAAUGCUGGAAGUAUAAGAUUCCAGACCACUACGAGACAUUGGCAGAUCUCGUCCUGAUCAUACACGACUGUAUGGUGAAAGCUGAGCUGGAUAUCAAGUACAAAAAAAGAGUGCUUUCAGUUCUCCAAAAGAUCAUCAGCCUGACUAGUCGACAACCCGGCAGCGACGUGACGAAGCUCUCCCGUUGGCUCCGUUGUCUAUUCAGCCUCUCGUUCCAGUACGAUCAGAGCUUUAGUCUCAAAUGCAUCGAUCAAGUAACACACCUUGCAGAGAUCAGACAAGGACCUUUCCAUCCUGUUGCCAUCAUACCCAGUCUGGAAACGCCGCCGCCAUCAUUAGGCCUUCCAGUGGGUGAGAAUCAUGUAAGCCCGACUGAUGGUGACACCAAGGAGCUUGAAAGCUACCCAAAGACGGAGCUCGAAUGGCUUGCGACGACCACUUUCAACCGGGCCAUAGAUUUCUACUUGCAAGAAGUUGACGAUUCAGCCAAGAAAUGGGCGGAAAAGGCCUUUGUACUCGCACAAUGGAUUGACGAUGGUGGUGCAACAAGAAGUUUCCUCAUGGGCAGGUUCUCCAAGCUCAGCUUCAGCGAAGAGUGA